UCAUAGAGGCAGGCAGUCAUGCGGUGGAAGUAGUGGGCAUCCGCUGCGUUGCGCGAACACACUUCGGGGAAAGAUGCACGAAGAGGAGGAUGGCAGCGAAGCAAGUCCGUGCACAGCCUCGCGGAUUGCGGCCAGCAGGUCAGUGGAUGUGGCCGAGGUCGAGGCAGCGAAGGAGCAGGCCUCCAAGCUGUGCGGAUACCUGAACAAGCUGUCCGGCAAGGGCCCUCUGAGGGGGUACAAGCCGAGGUGGUUCGUGUACGAUCCGAGGAAAUGUUACUUGUAUUACUUCAAGACUCCCCAAGAUGCCUUGCCGCUCGGGCACAUCGAGAUCGGUGACGCGUGCUUCAGUUACGACGUGGAGGGGGAAGAGGGUCAGUUUGAGAUCCGCACGACCGGGAAGGAGUUUCUCCUGAAGGCCCCCAGCAGGCAGGUGAUGCAUUACUGGCUCCAGCAGUUACAGCAGAAACGUUGGGAGUACAGCAACACACGAGGCGGCGCCGGUCAGAGAGACAGCUGGAGCUCCCCGACCCUGGCCUACGCUCCCACGGGCCUCGUGGGCCAAGACAAUGAUGCACUUGUCUUUGACAAGCUAAGUGACAGCAUGGAGAAGGUCCGCAGCGACUUCGCCAUGGAGACAGAAACUGAUGGCGGGGGAAUGGUGGGUAUCCAGUCAGCCAGAGGGCCUUCUGCCACAAACCCCCUCAACUUCUCCCUCAAAAACUUCGGUACAGAACUCAGGAACUCCAUGUCUUAUCUGCGGCCGGGCCGAGGAGGUGAGAGCAGACGCAGUGUGUUUUACACCAACAGCAACAGCAACGCAGAGGAGUGGGAGCUGGUGGACGCUCCAACUAAGGACUUCCCUGAACACAAACAUCAUCCAGACGCACACAGACAUUCCUUUGGGUCAGCGUUUGCUUUUGACUUUGUGCGCAACUCAGCGCGUCCUAAGAAGCCUUUGCUUCGAGACAUGAUGGCCUCUGGGAGGUUUGGACGCACCGCUGAGACGCGCAGUGCCGAGAGCUCCCCAGUGGAGUGUAACGGCAGCAAGCCAUUGGAAAUGCAGCUUCGCCUCCAGAGCCAGCAGGAAGAACUCAGCCGCAUGCAGCACGAGCAGGUCAAACUCAGAGAAGAGCUGGCCAGUCAGAAGGAGUUGGUGAGACUUUUGCAGCAGACUCUGAGAACCUCCCAGUGCGAUCGGCAGCCAGUGCACCGUCCACCCCCGGCUCCAGAUUCAUCCGCAGCUUCAGACCAGACUCAAGGUUCGGAAGUAACCCUGCAAGAGGCCGGCCAGUUGGCGGCUCUGCUUCAGGAAAGAAAUGGGCAGGUCCAGGACUUGUGUGGCCACAUGGAGCGUCUCGCCUUGGAGAAGGAGAGUCUGCAACAAGAGCUGAAGGGCCUGAAGAUAAAGGUGGGCGAGAUAAACGACCAACUGGGGAUGCUGAUGGAGACCAUCCAGGCCAAGGAUGAGGUCAUCAUCAAGCUGUCGCAGCCGAGUUCAGAGCAGAGCGCCACUCCAAACGAAGGCUCGCCAUCCCCCAACAAAGAUCAGGAGGAGGUGGACAUCCUGAAGGACAGUCUUCAAGGCUACAAAUCCCAGAACAAGUUCCUGAACAAGGAGAUCCUGGAGCUGACAGUGUUACGCAGAAAUGCAGAGAGUAGAGAAAAGACUUUAGAAGCAAAGUACACGGUCCUGGAGGCUAAGCUUUGUCAGGUGGAGAGUAAGUAUCUGGUGCUGCUUCAAGAAGUGAAGAACCCCGUAUGUUCAUCUUCAGAGCAGAGCCCAGGCCGAGAGGUCAUCUCCCGAUUAUUAGAGGAUGCGCUGCAGGCAGAAAGCUCUGACCAGCAGGAGCACCCCAUCUUUAAACCAAAUGUUGUCAGUGAGUAUGACACGUUUGGCUUCAAGACUGUCCCUGAGGAGGAGGAAGAGGAGGAGAGGCUGGUUGCGAAGGUGAGAGCUCUGGAGCUGAAGUCUCUAUCCAUGACGGAUCAGGAGGUGUCCGUCGGGGUGAAGUGGGAGAACUAUCUGGCCAGCAUCAUGAACAGAGACCCGGUGCGCUCCCCAGAGCUCAAGGCCCUGUUUCGUUACGGAGUGCCCCAUGAGCACCGGUCCCAGGUGUGGCGCUGGUGUGUCUCCUUCCACGUCAAGAAGUUUCGUGACAACUUGGCACCUGACUACUAUGAGACCUUACUAAAUGUUGCAAGGGACAAGCCCAACCCGGCCUCAAAGCAGAUCGAGCUGGAUUUGCUGCGUACUUUGCCCAACAACAAGCACUAUUCCUCACCGAGUGCAGGCGGCAUACAGAAACUCAGGAACGUCCUCAUGGCUUUCUCCUGGAGGAAUCCAGAUAUUGGCUACUGUCAGGGGCUAAACAGGCUGGCAGCUAUCGCCUUGCUCUAUCUGGACCAAGAGGAUGCCUUCUGGAGCCUUAUCGCCAUUGUGGAGGUCUUCAUGCCAAGAGACUAUUACACCAAGACUCUGCUGGGCUCACAGGUUGACCAGCGUGUGUUCAAGGACCUGAUGAGUGAGAAGCUCCCUCGGCUUCAUGCCCACUUUGAGCAGAACAAGGUGGACUUCUCCCUCAUCACUUUCAACUGGUUCCUGGUGGUGUUUGUGGACAGUUUGGUGAGCGACAUCCUCUUCAAGAUCUGGGACGCCUUUCUUUAUGAAGGUCCUAAGAUCAUAUUUCGCUUCGCCCUCGCUCUCUUCAAGUACAAAGAGGAGGAGUUUUUGAAGUUGCAGGACUCCACAACCAUCUUUAAAUAUCUUAGACACUUUACACACACAAUCCUGGAUUCAAGGAAGCUGAUGAGCAUCGCCUUUGGGGACAUGAACCCUUUUCCCAUGCGACAAAUUCAGAACCGCCGCUCCUUUCAUCUGGAGAAAGUCCGUCUUGAGCUGACCGAGCUGGAGGCGAUCAGGCAGACCUUCCUCAGGGAGAGAGAGACGAGUCAGGACAGACGGAGCUUCGUCAGCGACGAUGAGGAGGAUAACUGACACGCCAGAUUGUCACGGAAGUGUGAUGCGAAAAAGAUCCUCUUCAUACUCAUGUCUUGCAGUUGUAAAGGGAUUUUUCUUAAAAGAUAGUUGGAGUUAAAGUCUGUGUCGGACCAAUCAACUUUCUAUACGCUUUUGAUUGAAAUCACAUCAAAAGACCAAAACAUUCCAGGCCAAAUGGGCUUUCUAUCAGUAUUCCUGCCAUUCAAAUGCUUUGUUUGUGUGUGUAUAUGUUUAUGCACAGCUCAACCUUCAGUGCCAAGCUACACUCUUGCAGUCCGAAUCAGUAUUUUAAAAACAUGGCUAUGAUCUUUUAAUAGUUGUCUAUUGAAGGAAUGAUUGCUUUUUCUUUUUUUCUUUUUUUCUUUCUCUGCGCUCAGUCCCUUUUCAUGCAUGUCUUGAAAUUGUUUACCUGAAUCUUCCACAUUAACACAUACCACACAUCUUAUGGGUUUGAUCCAUGCACUUGAAUCCCUUAUGCUGGAAUUCAACAUUGGCUGAAACUUCACAUCUUUAUCUUUGAGACUUUUGAUCACAAAGUCGUUCCAAAAUUGUUAAUUUAAUUCCAUCCUCUAGAGGUUACACAAAUAUUUCCUAUCAAACCUAGGAUCUCAAACUUGUGUUUCAUUUAUAUCUCAGGAUUCAGAUAAAAUUACUAGAGUCAUUCCAGAUUGUCUAUAUUUGAGAUGGGUAUCACUCUUAAAAUACUUAAUUUUCCAAAACGCAUGUCUCAAAAUCUCAAACUGUUUUGCACCUUCAUCUGUAUUUAAAGUAAAGGUGAAAUGUUGAGUUUGGUUGGGAGAAUAUUUAAAAUUGGCAUCGAAUUCAAAAAGUACAUCAGAGUAUUCCUACGAAUGACCUGAUUAUCUGGCUAUUUCACUAUAAGUAUUCUAAAUCUGUGUAUUAAGAUUAAUUUCCCUUGCCUUGUUUAAGUAAUGUUCUUGAUUUUAAACAAUUAUUUACUUUAUUUGUAUUAUUAGGUGCAAAAAGGAUGUAAUUUCCCCUGACUAAAACCUGUUGAUAUGCAGUACAUGCAUAAUGCUGGAAUUCCCCUUCGGGUGUAUUUGCAUUCAUUGUCCUCAGUGUGGCAGUAUAACAUGUGUCUGUCCAUUGUUUACACUAGUUCACGUUUACCCACAGAAUGAUUUUAUUCCAUUAUACGGUAUUGACAAGAUGUUUGUGAAGUCAGUCUGUCAACAUGGUGGCUUGGAAUCUAUGAGGAAGUGUUUCAGGAGUGUGGCAACAUCUUUCUGUCUUCCACAUCCAGGUACUUAAAGAAGACGGUUUACUCUUUAGCACUGUUACCAUACUCUAUUAUACUUGUUUUACAAUUUGUAUUGUUAAAUAUACCAGUAUGAAACUGACUUGCUUAGAACAAAAUCACAUUUAUAUUAAUAUGUUGUUUAAAUGGUAAUCUACAAGAGAGGAAUAUGUUUUUCUCACUUCUCUUCUCUUGUGUGCUGAUUUAUUGUUUACAGUUUGUUUUAAUUUCCUUUAUUUCUAUACUAUUUGACUCUACUUGCUGUUACCAGAUUUUUCUUUGCUGUUAGUUACAUAAUUGACUACCUUUUCUCUGUUAUGAUAUUGUCAGCAGUAGUACCAUGCUUAACUGUUUUUGUUGGACCACCUAAACUUGUGAACAAAUGACAUAAUUGUGGUUGUUUGAAUGAUGGAAAUGUGAAUGAAAAAUAACUCGUAGAAGAGAUUUAAUUUGUUUAUCUUCAUGGGAGCAGGUCUUUCAUGAGACUUAGAUCAGUUUAAGAUGGAAACAAGUCUGAGGUCCAGUCAUUUUGUCAAAGGGCUCAUAUAGGUUUGCUCACAUUUUGAAUAGAGUACAUACAGUAUAUGUUCUAAGCAUGGUUUGCAUGCAUUUUCUUGUUUUCUGUCAGUUUCAUAUUCACAUGGAAUAAGCUAUGUUAAAUAUUAUCACCUAUUCUUUAAAUGGUCUUUCUUUUGCUUUUCCCAGCAAUGUAUUGCACACGUGUAAGGACAAGAUGACUUCAGAAUAUUAUAGGGCACUUAACUUUUUAGUAUGUAAAUCUCUAUGGUAUCUUUUUCUUUGUUAAUUUGUAUCAUUUAAUUAAAUACUUUUAUGUUACAGAAUUGAGUAUAUGCCACUAUAUGUUUUUGUAAAACCAGUAAAAAGACACAUUCAAUAAACAACAGCUGACUGAGUGUGA